UCCCUCCCUAUAUAUAUUCAAAUAUUUCCUCGCGUAACAUUGUUGAAUAAUUUACUCCAGAAACAUUGUUUCUCGCCGUUGUUUCAUCUAAAUUUCUUUAAUUAACCCAUACGUUAAGAUAUAGUCUCUUCUGCUAACAGAUCAUCCCAUUAUCAUGUGUUACAGAUGAAGAAUUAUUGCACCAGAACAUCUGCUGCCAAUUAUUUAUGGAUGUCCAUUUUCCACUCUACACAUCUUCCAUUAACCCAUAUCCACCUUUAUUCACUUAGAAAUAAUUCUUUAAGUUUAUAACAAAUUGUAGGCCUCUUAAAGGUUGGACUCAGUCUGCAACAAGCAGUCUGGUAAAUAAAAAAAAAAAACACAUCCACAUUGCUUAUUUUACUCAUAUCAAAGCAAUCUCAUGAUAUCUACGAUAUGAAACUGAGCCAUAACAGAUAUUUAAAGACAUUUCUCAGCUUUUUAAGAAUUGCUCAAGAAACAAUAUGGAUAAUGUUAAUCACUUGGACAAGUCUAACACAACUGUUUUUAACCAAAUAAAUGCAGUUAGAGAGAUGGACGGAGAUGAGAAAAUUGUAGAUAAAAAUGUUGCUGAAUAUCGUUGUGAGAUUUGUAGGAAGGGUUUCUCUUCUGAACAUGAAGUUUUCACGCACAAAAAAACACACACGGGAGACAGACAGUUCCGGUGCGGAAUAUGUGAAAAAUCUUUCAACCAGAAAUGCCAUCUCGUCAUCCAUAUACGUAGUCACACUGGAGAAAAACCCUUCCGCUGUGAAAUCUGUGAGAAAUCAUUCACAGAUAAUACUAAUCUUGUCGUUCACAAAAGAAUUCAUACUGGGGAGAAACCAUUCCACUGUGAAAUCUGUGGGAAAUCUUUCACUGAUAAUUCUAACCUUGUCGUUCACAUACGAAUCCAUACUGGAGAGAAACCGUUUCACUGUGAUAUUUGUGGGAAAUAUUUUGUUGCUAACAGUGUCUUAAGAACACACAAACGAAUCCAUACUGGCGAAAAACCAUACCAUUGCGAGAUCUGUGGGAAAUCUUUUAUUGAGAAUUCAAAGCUUACAAUCCAUAGACGUAGUCACACUGGAGAAAAGCCAUAUCAUUGUGAAAUCUGUUGGAAGUCUUUUGUUAGUAAAAGUAAUUUGACACAGCAUGAACGGAUUCACAGUGGGGAAAACCCCUUUCACUGUGAAGUGUGUGGGAAAUCCUUCUCUCAGAAUUCCAGUCUUGUGGUUCAUGAAAGGAUCCACUCGGGGGAAAAACCUUACCACUGUGAGAUUUGCGGCAAGUCUUUUGUCUCCAACAGUGAUUUAAACAGGCAUAAAAUUAUUCACAGCGGGGAGAAGCCGUUCAGAUGUGAAGUGUGUGAGAAAUAUUUUGUGAGUAACAGUUAUUUGACGAAACACAGAAGAAUUCACACUGGGGAAAACAUUUUCCAUUGUGAGAUUUGUGGCAAGUCAUUUAUUACAAACAGCCUGUUAAAGAGACACAAGCAGAUACACUCUGGAGGGAUGUCUGUUAAAGAUGAGACCUGAGAAGUGGUUCUCUGGCUAAUCUAAAGUUAUUUCUACCAAUAUAUAUAUAUAUAUAUGUUUGUGUAGUUUGUGUCAGGUGACUGUGUGGAGACGUUACACAUGUUGUAAUUGAUUAUUUGGCAUGUUCUCAGCACAAGAAACUAUUAGUAGCAUAUAAAAACAUGUAUUGUGUCUAUUAAAUAAUAUAUAUAUAUUUAUAUAGAUUAAAGCAGAAAUGAAAGGACAGAUGGUUUGGCAAGACUUGGCAAAGACAUUUAAUUUAGCUAUAUGAGAAAAAGUUAUACACAGUCUCUCCAACAGCUGUUUCUAGAAUAUCCCAACUGGAACAUAGUGUUGAGCAAGGAUUCAUUGGGUACAUCUUAUGGAGUUUCUACCUACAUCUUUUCUACAGAUUGAACAGGGCCAUCUACCUGAUGGGUUUGUGAUUUGUUUGCCUUCCUACUUACUAGAACUUUGGUUUUGCAACAUUGACUUUAAGGCCCUUCAAUACUAAACCUUGCUUCCACACCUGAAAUUUCUUCUCUAGUUCUGGUAGUGAUUGAGUUAUAAGAGCAAAGUCAUCAGCUUAGAGGAGCUCCCAGGUGCAGCCUGUCUUGAAUUCCUCUGUUACUGCCUAGUGGACUAUGAUGAACAAGAUGGGGCUGAGCACUGAUCCUUGGUGAACCCCUACUUCUACCCGGAAUUCUUCACUAUACUUGUUGCUGACCCUUGCCUUACUGACAGCACCCUUGUACAGUUCUUAUUAACCACUUGUCUAUCCCUAGUUUCUGGAUCACCCACCAGAUAAAGGAUCUGGGGACCCUGUCAAAGGCUUUCUCCAAGUCAACAAAA